AUGCACAUUUUCGAAAUUGUUUUGAAGCUGUUCGAGAUUCAGCAGAAGCGCUUCAAGGAUUCGUCCUUGGUCACUGUGCACAGGAAGGGCUGGUCGGACAAGGUGCAGACUUUUCGAAUUACUGUGCCCGCCGGAGAGUCUGAGCUAGCCGGCCUUUUUGCUCCUGCAGGAAAGUGGAAAACAGCCCCACAGCUGAAUGGCACGGUUGAAACCAUACCACUUGCUGACUUUGUGACUGAGCAGGGUAUUUUUGAUCCGGUCAGCUACGUCCUCAUUGAUGUUGAGGGCAAGGAGCCGAACGUAAUCCGUGGUAUGAAACUGGAAAGAAACAGACACAUCUUUCCCUUAUUCCAGUACGAGCUGGGAGGUACAUGGACAGACAGCAGGCAUGACGCGGAUCAAUGGGGUCAGUAUGGAAUAGCAGUGUAUUUGAGAGCUCUGGGCUAUAACUUGUACCUUGCGGGUGCGGACGGCGGAGAAGGUUCAAAGAAGCCUGUAUUGCUCAGCCUCCAUCCAGAGUUCUUUCGCUUCACAUGCUUGCGGCCUGAAAUAGAUGUUGGUGGCAACCUGUUGGCCGUUCACACCAGCUUUAUUGAUUCGGGAUUAUGGGAGCACCUCCAAAAGUUCGUGGUGGUCCCAAAGCCGCAGUUCGUUUGA